AUGACAAUUGUCAAUAAUUGAUAUGUCAUUGUCCGAAAUGUUGUCCCGGGAAAGUACUUAGAACUAUUUUAUUUUAUUAUUUAUUGGCAUUUAUAACAGUAAUAAAGUCAGAUCGAACUACAUAACAGUAAAGCAUUUUUACCGUUGCGGAAUAUUCAAACAAUUUUAAUAUUGAUCAGUCAUGGACGAAACGAAGAAAGGUAGUCAGUCCACAAGUGUAGAAGAUCUUAAAAGUAAAGGAAAUGAAUGUGUUAAAGAGGAGAAAUAUAUUGAGGCUGUGUUGCAUUAUACUCAAGCCAUAAAGAUGGACCCUAAUAACUAUGUAUUGUACAGCAACAGAUCGUUUGCAUUUCUCAAAUUGGACCAGCAUUAUCUCUCUCUACAAGAUGCGAAUGAAACAGUCAGAUUGCAGCCUCAAUGGGCAAAGGGAUAUUUUCGUCGUGCUGAAGUUGAAGCAGCCAGUGGACUUUAUGAUGAAGCUAUUUUAUCAUACACAACAGCUUUGCAACUAGAACCUCAUAAUGUAAAAUUGAUGGAAUCAAUUAAAAGUAUCACUGAUAUGCAGAAGAAAAAAAUCAAAGACAGUCAAAAUAUCAUAUGGAUCUGCACAUGUGUGGGGCUAAUUUUCGGCAUUGGAGUUGUUGUAUUGGAUUAUAGUUUAACUACAACUCCAACAUUAACUCACCCAUUCAGUAUGGUGGCAUUUUCAUUAGCCUUGGCAGGAAUGGGCUGGGCCAUUGGAAAGAGUGUCACACUAAUGGGUACUUGGAGUGCAGGCAAAUCACUACAACCACCAGAAGACUUAGGUAUAAAUGGGAACACAGAUGAAAAAGAUACAGCAGUACCAGAGAAAAAAGCGAAGUACAGCAAAGCACAAGCUAGACAGAGAUAUAAGCAAGGGAAACUUUAGUUAUAAGAAUUCUUCUUUUAUUUGAUGGUUCAAUUUUUAUAACAGAUUUAUUAGGUUAUAAGCAUGUAUCAGUGGCUUGGUGAGGGUGUUGUGUUGUUAAAGUUUCUGCUAGUCCAAUUAAACUAGAUAGUCCAGA